CCGACGAAAGCGGUUCCCCGACGCUGUGCGAGAAAAAGAGCAAGAGAGCGAGCGAGAGCGACGCCCCACAACGAGAGCAACAAAACAGCCAAGUACGCGCGAGCGAGACAACUGCCUAGCCGUCCAGUUAGAGGCCGGCGAGAGCGAGACGGUAAACUGUAUGCGAACGACGAAAAAGAAACAAAGAGUAUACACAUGUGUUUGUGAGCACGGGAGAGUGAGUAAAUAGCGGCAGAGUAAAUAACGUGAGGCAGCGUGGUCGUUAGCCGAAGUCGGAAAAAAAUACUCAAAGCGAACGGACGUGUGCGGUCGGUUGUUCGAAAAUUCUACACUUUGUCGCAAGCUUAACAAAGUGAAUCGGCCGAAAGAAAUAGCCAAAUGAAACACAAGUGUUUAUGUUACAGCUAGAGCUACGAGCUUGAGUUACAAAAUUAUUGUUUAUAAAAUUAUCAAAGCGAGAAGCAGUUUUCUUUGUGUGACAAAUGCCAAAGCAGCAACGACAACAACAACGUCUGCUGGCUUAUGUACGACCCGCGUGUUAGUGUGUGUGCGCGCAGAAACCAUAGAGCAAAGCAUAAUACACAAUAAAGGUGCCCACGAAAGAAGAGCAGCCGAAAGUGCCAGUAAAGCGGAGAAGUAAAAAUAAAAUAAAGUGAAGUGAUGUGAAGAAAGAGAAGCAGAAACGCUGCCUCAAAACUCAACGCGGAAUACCCUCUGUGGAUUAUUUACUUGGAUUAUUCCCCUGCGAUUGGAUUAUAUAUGUAUGCAAGGCGACCACCGCGAUGCCAAUUAACUGGCUGGAUUAUUAGUGGAUUAAAGAUUGGACUCAGAGAUUGACGCUUGUGCGAAAAACAAAAGCGAAUUUUAGCGGCGAAAGAGUAUUAUUACUAUGAUGACGCCGGAGUCGAAAGCAAUACCGCCAGCAGCAGCGACAACAACAAAUACAACACAAGCGCCAGCGGUAGGAACACCAACAACAACAACAAUGGCUCAUACACAACAAAAGUCGCAGUUGUCAACGUUGGCAAAAACACCGACAACAGCAACAACAACGGCGUCGACAACAACAAAUAAGGCGGCCAAAAGCGUUGUCAGCAAUGCAAAUAGCAAUGGCAACAAUUCAAGCAAAAAGCUGGCUUUGUCUCAGAAAACAGAAACAGAAACAGAAACGGCAGCAGCAACUAAUGUUGAUAAAAUGCAAAAGCAGCAGCAGCAGCAACAGCAGCAGCAGCAGCAACUGAAGCAGCAACUUUUUACCGCCUGCAGCAUUAAAGUAAAAAGUGAAAACGCAUUAGCAGCUACAACUACAACGACAAAUGCAACAGAACUUGCCCCAGGGAAAGCGGCAAAAACAAUAUUAGAAAACAGCAUGCAGAAGGAAUCAACGCCUCCGGUCAUGAAUGCCGUCGAAUCCGUUGAGGCCUCCUCCUCAUCAUCAUCCUCCUCCUCCUCCUCCUCCUCGUCGUCUUCCUCAUCAUCGUCCUCAUGGUCGACGACUAGGAGGGCCACUUCGGAGGAUGCCUCCGCCGACGAGGAUAAAACGGAGGAGGACCAGGCCACGUCAGAAGCGGCGACAACGACUUCCGAUUUGGCCACAACUUCAAGGCCACGCCCCGUCCUCUUGACGGCCGUCAAUUCGCACAUCAUCUGUCACCUGUGCCAGGGAUAUCUGAUCAAUGCCACCACCAUCGUCGAAUGUCUGCACUCCUUCUGCCACAGUUGCCUCAUUAAUCACCUGCGAAAGGAGCGAUUCUGCCCGCGCUGCGAGAUGGUCAUCAACAACGCCAAGCCGAACAUUAAAUCCGACACCACGCUCCAGGCGAUUGUCUACAAACUCGUGCCCGGACUCUACGAACGGGAGCUGAUGCGCAAAAGGGCCUUCUACAAGGAUCGUCCGCAGGAGGCCGCCUUGGCCACGCCCGAGCAGCGGGGCGACGACACGGAGCAUCUGAUCUUCAGCCCCUCGGACUACAUGUCGCUCUCGCUGGAGUACGCCGAAUUGGGUGAACUGAAAAAAGAAUCCGCAUCUGAGUUGGUGGACACCCUGCGUCCGCGGUAUCUUCAAUGUCCGGCGAUGUGCCGAGUAAGCCACCUGAAGAAGUUCGUCCACGACAAGUUCGAGAUUGACGCCCAGCGCUUCAGUAUCGACAUAAUGUACAAGGUCAAGACAAUCGUUUUGCUGGACUAUUACACCCUAAUGGACAUUGCGUACAUCUACACGUGGAAACGGGAUGCACCCAUGCGGUUUUACUACCGUGUUUAUGAGUCACCCCAGCCGGUGGUGAAGCCCGCUCCUCGGCGAAUGCUGCCCCUCAAGGUGGAGAAUCCCGAGAAGGAGAACCAAGAGCAAAAGCCGGCCAUUGAAGCUCCCCCUCAGUUGGUGCCACUGGCGCUGCCAAAGAUUGAAGCCACCAUUCGACUGGUGCAGCCAGAUAUCACGAAAGUGGAGGAAGAGGUGGCCAAGGAGGUGGAGGCUCCACCCACGACGGAGCCCCUCAAACUGGUGAUCAAUCGAACCAUGUUGGAGAAGCGCGAAAAGAGUCACUCGCCACAAACGAACUCCAAGUCGAGCUCCAAGGUUUCGCCCUCCACUCCAGUUUCAUCGCCAUCGGAACCCAAUAUCAAGCUCAAGAUCGAUUUGUCGAAGCAGAACAGCGUGACCAUUAUCAAUAUGUCCGAUCCGGAGCGAAGGGAAAUUGUGAAGCCCCUGAAACCCGAGAAGGAGUCGCGGUCGAAGAAGAAGGACAAGGAUGGCAGUCCCAAGUCGUCGAGCAGUUCCAACUCCUCGUCGAGUGGAGAGCGCAAGCGCAAGAGUCCCAGUCCGCUGACGGUGCCUCCAUUGACCAUUCGCACGGAACGCAUUCUGAGUCCCAGUGGUGUGAGCACACUGAGUCCAAGGGUCACCAGUGGUGGCUUCUCCGAGGAUCCCAAGUCGGAGUUCCUCAAGUCCUUCGCUCUGAAACCGAUCAAGGUGAAGGUGGAAUCGCCGGACACGGACACACCGGUUUUCAGAGGCUCCACCCCGGCUGCGAAUGAACUGAGGCAAUCUAUGGCGAAAUCCAAGAGCAAUUUGGACGACAGCAUGUUGAUGAAGCCGCCCAGUUGCAUGCCCCCGAAAUCCAUUGCCUCCUCGAAGCGAAAGAGCAAGGAGCCGGUGAAGGCGGUGACCAAGAAACCGAAGCUAUCGCCUCCGCUUCCCAGGGAGGAUUUCAAGAUCCGUCUGCCCUCCACCAAUGGCAAACCUCCAACGCCGCCAGCAGUGGCAGCUUCGAAGAUUGAAAAGCCACUGAUGCCGCCUCCUGCGAAGCCACCAAUGUUGGCUCCCCGGAAACUCCAGCCAUCCGCCCAGCUUGCACCUCCUGCAUCGCCGUUGCAUCAACAUGCCGGAGUUCAGAUGUCGGCUCCCGGCAAUCGGACUCCCAUCGCCAAGCGGUAUCAGCCCAUUCUGCCCAAGGCUUCGCGUCCCAAUCCGUUUGCCAAUAUUCCCAGUGAUGUGAAUCGUCUGCUCAAGGAUGCGGGCACCGAAAUCAAGUCUAUUGGAUCGACGGAUAGUUCGAACAGCCCUUCCUCGAAGGGGCAUGUGUAUGGACCCAAGGUGGAAACGAAAAUGGGACCACCGCCUGCCCCAGUUGUUAACACAAAUGGAAGUGCUGCAAACCAGGGAAACAGAAGCAUUUCCAAGCCGACAGGCAAUUCGCAGAUGUCAGCUCCGAAUAAGAACAACAGUUCCAACAACUAUCUCAAUCUAGCUCUAUUUAAUUCGAGCAAGUCGAAGGGCAAGGAGGCGCCUCCUGGCUGCCGCACCCCCAUGUACACACCCAAUUCACCCAUCUACUCGCCCAGUUCACCGCAGUAUGUGCCCAGCUACAAUAUUCCCACGAUGCCCACCUACAAGUACACGCCAAAGCCAACGGCGAAUGCCGGAACUCCGAAUGGAGCAGCUGGCAACUAUUUGCAGAGCAUGUUGGGUGCUGCAGGAAGUGGGGGAUCAAUGGGUGGACUGUUCCCUUCGCCGCCCAUCAAAUCCGAUCAGAACACCAAUCCCGCCCAGGGAGGAUCGCCCACUUCGGUUGCUCCUUCGGCGGGAAAUGGCAGUGCAAACAGCGGAAUUUAUUUGCCCGGCGAAGAUGCGCCCGAGAAGCAGCAGGUGAAGGUGAAGUCCCUGCUCAACUCGUGCAACAUCAACAUUCCGUCCUCGCUCUCGAUCACCAUUUCCCGUGAUAGCGGCGACUCCUCGUCGCCCAGCAAUGGCCAGCAUCCCAAGCACAAGAAUCCGGUGAAUAACUACAUUGAGAUCGUGAAGCUGCCCGAUCAGCCGCAGGAUCAGAAUCAGGCGGCCAAGGAGGCGCAAAAGCGGCAAUCGCCACCUGCCACUGGACCAGGAGUUGUUCCCGUGAAGCUGCCACCGCCGCCGCCAUCCAAGGCCAUUCCCUCGCCACAGCACUUGAUGUCCCGGAUGACUCCACCGCAGCUGCCCCAAGUGGCCACUCCUGCUCAGUCACCAAAUGCUCCGCGUGUGAUCAGCCCACCGAAAACAUCUCCGCCCUCGAAUGCCGGCAAGGGAACUCCCUUGAAACCUGUUCUUACUCCAACUCAGGCGGACAAGAAGACUCCGAGUCCGGAGAAGCGGAACGCCGCCCAAAUGGGCAGCCAUUCGCCAACGGCCAGCGAAAACAAGUCGCCCAAGGGAGCAGCCAAUGCCGGAGUGACCACUCAGAAUGGAGACCCCGCGGCCAAGAAGUUCCGUCCCAUUCUGCCCCGCCAGAAUGCCAUGCCCGACUUGGCACCCAAGCUGACUCCUCUGGCGCCUCCCUUUGGAUUCCAGCCACCCCCCAAUCCGAAGAAGGUGCCUCCCAGCAAAAAGUCACCCAAUGCGGGAGUCACUGCUGGUCAGCAGAAGCUAGCCAACGGUGGACAGCCACAGCCACAGCAGCAGCAGCAGCAGCAGCAGCAUCCACAGACGGUGGCGCCACAGAAACCCAGUCCACCGCAGGCGAAGAACCAGCAGCAGUCGAAGAAGGCCGCCAAGAAUCCCACGCCACCGCCGCCAUCGGCGGGCAAGAUGAUGCCCCAUCCCGGGAUGCAUGGUCAGAAUGCUCCCCUUAGCAUCGCCUCCAGUGUGAGUGCCGCUGCGGUGGCCUCCGGGCAACUGGAUCUGAGCACCUUCCUCAAGGAGAACCUGAUGCGGGUGAAGGUGGCGCAGGCUGCUCAGGCGGCGCAAGCUGCUCAGGCGGCACAGGCGGCACAGGUGGCACAGGCUGCCCAGGCGGCGGCCAACCAGUCGAAUCUGCUGUUCAACUUCGCCCAGAUGGGCCACCACAUGCCGCCGGCCAUGUUCAACUACCAGCAGGCGUAUCUAAUGGAGCAAUUGUCACGGAUGCAGCGCGGCAACGAUGUGUUCAACGAUUGUCUGCAGAAGCUGAAGAACGCCGCCGCCAAUGGAGCAGCUGGAGCUGGAGGAGCCGGCGGUCCCCUCGAAGGGGAGAUCAAACCGAUGCUGCCCAUGGUCACGUUGCCGGGAUCGGGAGCCACGCCAGCGGCAGCCAGCCCCAAGACUUCUCCCCUGCCAGCAGGAAAGCUUGCGGCAGCAGCCACGGCUCCGCAAACCAAGGGCAACGCCAGUGGGGCAGCAAGUGGAGCACGGCAACAGACGGCGGCCACGAGCAACCAAAAUAACCAGAACAAGAACAACAACAGCAACAACAACAACAACAAUAACAACAACAACGGAGCAACAGCCGCGGCCAACGGAUCCCUGCCACCGGCAACGAAGAGCAAGUGAACUUGCAACCAACCGAGCAACCAACCACCCAUCACCCACCACCACCCACGUAGUUCUAAUUAAUUUUUAAAGACCUUGUUUUAGUUAUUCAUUAACGUUACCCGUUCGUUCGUUCGAGCCAAUUCCUCGCCCUGAAACCACGGUGGCAGGGAGUCCAACCCCUGCACGUCCUCGGGGUGGAUUCUCCUCACCAAAAAAAGAAGAAAAAUGUUGCACGUUCAGUCGAGUGAAAACUCUGCUUUUUGGGUGGUAAACCUGCACCCUGUAAAUAUAUACAGAAUACUACACAUAAUUCUUUAUCUAACUUUGAUGUUGCAUUGUAUUACAAAAUAAUAAUACGGAGGAUAAGACAGCGAUUCAGAAUCGAUAUAUGCAGAUAUACGAACUAUAUAAAUAUUCAUAGGCGCCAGCUAAGCUAAUCCUAAGUGUAAAUACCAGUCGUAAGAUACUAUUUUGUAUAAUCUUUUGUACGUAAAAUCAAGCGGAAAAAAUAGAAAUCUAAUUUAUGCAAAA